GGUGCGGCAGCCGCCGCGGCCCUGGAUAGCCCGCCCCGUAAGAAGCCCAAGUGGGCUCAGCCGGUGGUGCGGCCGGAGAACGAGCGGGUGCGGAGUCUGAGGUCCAGCAAGCCGCCACCGGCUCCGAAACCGCCCGGCACAGGUGUUGCUGCUGCUGGUGAGGACAAAGACGGCAGAAGGUCAAAGAGCAGCAAGAAGGGGUCGUCAUCCAAGUCAGGUGACAAGCGCGACCGGCGGGAUCGUCACGGUGGCGGCAGCAGCAAGGCCAAAGCAGAGCGGGAGGGAGAGGAGGGUAUGCAGGGCGAAGAGGAGCGUGCGGAUGGAGAGGACGACGGCGCUGACGGAGCAGCAGCAGGGCGGAAGCGAAGGAGCCGGUCGUGUGGCGCGGAGGGAGAGGGCUCACCGUCCCGCGGGUCGGGAGCGUCUGGAUCUGAUAACGACGCAUCAACGGGGGGAUCAUCUGGGUCAGAUUCGCAAUCUGGGUCGGAAACGGAAUCUGGGUCGGAGUCGGACGCGGACGAUCCAGCCAGCUUGGUUCGCAAUGUGGAGGAGGGAGCUGCGCAGGAGGCGAUUGCGGAGGUGUCCGGUAUGUGGGAGUUCGCCGCCGUACUGGAGUUCCUGUCCACCUUCCGAGGUGUCCUCUGCGGCACCGCACCCCCACCCGCCACCUCCACCGCAACCGCCAACAACCGCAACCGCUCCGCUGCAACCACCACCCACAAUAACCGCAGCGGUGGCAGUGCUGCUGCUGCUGCCGCCGGGGACGGUGACGGCUGCGGCGUGUUGUGCGGUGUGCUGAGUGAGGGGUGCUGGUCGGGGGAGAUGCUGGCGGACGAGUUGGUGCGGGGGGUGGGGGCGCCGGGCAGCAUGCUGAGCCGACUACACUGGGGGCUGCUGCAGGGCGUCACCCGGCGCUCCUCCCGCCUGGAUGCCGAGUCCUCCUGGCCCUCCGUGCUGUCGCACCGCCUGGCGUCCGAGUACCGCUGGCUGCACCCGGGGCGCCACCCGCGCGACUACUACCGACCCCUGCCGCCGCUGCCAACCACCGGGGUGCAGCAGCAGCAGCAGGGGCCACAGGGGACGAAGCCGGAGGAGAAGGAGGGGAAGCAGGAGGCGACGAAGCAGGGGGAAGAGGAGGAGGAGCGGAAGCAGCAGCAGGCACCGAAGCAAGAGGAGGAGGAGGAGCAGCAGCCGAAGCAGAAAUCCCAGUCCGUGGAAGCUGAUGGUGGUGGCGGUGGAGGCGGUGAUGACAAGGGUGGCACUGCAACAGGGGAAGAAGAGCAGCCGAAGCAGGAGCAGCAGGAGGGGGAUCCGGAGCGGCCGGUCAAGGAGG